AUGGCUCCCUCCCCCAUCGUCCUCGCCGCCGCCUGCGUCGCGCUCCCCGUCUUCUGGGUCUUCCACACUCGCUCGCCGCUCCCCGCGCUCCCCUACCGCCUCCCCUGGAUCGGCAACCUCCUCCAGCUCAUCCCCUGGCGCAACAACGUCGUCGGCUGGCUAGAGCACAUCCAGGAGCAGUACGGCGAGAUCUGCGAGCUCUAUCUCCCACUGUGGGGCAGAAUCCUGGUCAUCGGCCACCCGGCGUGGCUGCAACAUGUGAAGCAGGGCGACACGGAUAGGUACAGCCGGGGGCCUAUCGCGAUUGGCGUGUUCAAGGAGUUUCCUGGGCCGAAGACGCCUGUUGCGAGUGAGGGGGCGGAGUGGAGGAAGGCGAGGAAGGUCAUGGCGCCUAUCUUCUCGGUCAAGUCGUUCACCAAUCACAUCAGUCAUUCGAUGCGCGACAUCUCAUCGGUGACCCGCCAGUUAUUGGACAACGUCGCUAAGCAGGACGGCCUUGUCGAUUGGAAUGAUCUCUGUGGCAAGAUCGCCCUUGAGAUCUUUUGCAUGUCAUGCCUUAGCAUCAAGACGAACAAGCUGCGCACCGACCCGGAAUGUCUGAAGGAGGACGACUACCUCCGUGACUGCUUGAUUGCGGUCAGCCAGACGUCGGUGAAGCGCCUCUUCAACCCCUUUUACAAGUGGACGGAGCUGCUCUCCGGCGAAGGCCGCAAAUUCGAGACGUCCCGUGCCCAUAUUCGUGCCCUCGUCGACGACGUCGUCGCCAAGCGGCGCUCCUCAGAAGACACCGACGGCGUCACCCACGGCGACUACCUCUCGCAGAUCAUCAACGACCCCGAGUACGACAACGCGGAGCUCCUGCGCAACACGCUCGUCGUGCUCCUUUUCGCUAGCGGUGACAACACGCGCAACAGCCUGACGUGGUCGAUGCAUGCGCUGCUGCAGCACCCGGAGUGGAUGGAGAAGAUGCGGGAGGAGGCAGUGAGGAAUGGGCAGCUGUCGGCGGAUUUGAUGAUUGAGUAUGCACAUCUGAAUCGCUUCCCUAUUGCUAUGGCAGUCUUCUACGAGACUGUGCGUCUGUGGCCUGGCCUGCCGAAGAAUGCCCGCCUUGCUGUCAACGACGAUGUCCUGCCUGCGAUUCCGGAGCACGAUUUGCCCGCUGUCAAGGUCAACAAGGGCGACUAUGUUCUCUGGUCUGACUUUGUCAUGAUGCGCAACCCCAAGGUCUGGGGCCCUAACGCCGAUGUCUUUGACCCCUCGCGCCACCUCAAGGAUGGUGUCUUCUACAAGCCUGGUCAGCCCGACUUCAAUGGCUUCGGAUCAGGCCCGCGCCUCUGCCCGGCCGCGCAGCUCGCAGCCUAUGAGUUUGUCGCGACGUGGGCGAGCCUUCUGCCUCACUUCAACUUCGAGGCGGCGUACAAGGAGGAACCGAAGAGGGACGAGGCUUUCACCAUGUCGGUUGCUGGCCAGCUUCCGGUGAAGAUUAGCGCGAGGGAUGCUGCUGUGUUCAACUAG